UCGACACAUUCUUCGUUUCGUAUAACAAGAAGAAAGGUGAACGUAGAAUCGUAACUUGUACUUAUCUCAUCCCAAUUCCUCUCGCGCAAUCGUGUUUGUACUGUUCAAUUUUCAUCGUUUUUAUUAAACAUAUCUAAUUAAUAAUGGCAACUCCAAAAGUGUGGGCAAAAAUACAACCUCUGGAAAGUCCUGUCAAUCUCCUAGACAUUACGACAGAGCAACUGGCCGUAAGCAUGCAAGAAAAAGAAUUGAAAAAAUACUUGGAUGAUGACAACACAAACAAUAUAGACAGACAGAUAGGAGAAACAUUUGAUGCAAGUGAUACUGGCAACGACGAAGUCAUAGCGUGUCUGUUACAAGCACAAUUUAAUGGAGAGUACAACACAAUGUUGAAACGCACAGAGGAAAAAUUCAAUCGUGAUUCAAAAGUGAGCAUUUCGUACAGUAAUUAUCGUAACUCUUCCCAUGAGAAGGAUGAGGAUAGUGUAGAUCCUAAUGUAGAUGACAGUAACAGAGACUUUGAUCGUUUCGUCAGCGUAGAGAAAGAGUAUGCUUCAAUACCACGGUGCGGCUAUAAGAAGAUGGGAAAGAACUCUCAGAUCAUCACAAAACACGACAUGUUGAUGUCUUCCAGAAUAAAUGCAUGCCGGGUGUUACAGUUCCCACCUGGAAUUGAGACCGGGGACACUGGUGGAUUCGAUGUGAAAUUGAAUAACAAAGUAUUCAAUACUUUGCGUGCUUACAGCCAGGCGCAACGUUCCAAGGAAAGAGCCAAAGUCUCUCCGAAAUCCAAAACCCAUCCGAAAUAGAAGGUCAAGAUCCAACAAAAUUUCUUCCCAACAGCAGUGUUCCAUAAUAUUGGUGAUGUUGCUUGAUAUCUUAUUUAUUAAAAAAAGUUCGCACACAAAAAAAAUAGAGAGGUAAAUUGAUAAAACGAUACGCAGAGAGAAUUCUAUCAAUUUACCACUACGCAGUUAAUAUUUUUCAAUGAUUUAAGAUAUCGAAUAUCCUUGCCGGUAAUAUCCUGAAAUCGUUGUUUUUGCCUGCUUACUGUAAAUACGUCAUGAUGCUUGCACAAUGUGACAAAACGAAUGAAUUUGUACAUAACUCAACCGAAUGUACAUUACAUGAAGCCUCCGAGAAAAGAAAAAUAAAUCUUGCAAUUGAAAACAUA